UGGCUCAAACUAACAAGAAAACCAUAAAACCUAAAACAAAACCACGUAAAGUAAUUGCAAAAACAAUUACAAGAAAGAAAAAAACCAUCAAAAAGUUACCCACUAGUUGUAGAGUAGGAUGGUGUAAAGAUGAAGAAAAACUAAAU